AUGAAUGUUGCGUCGACUUUGGAGUUUCAGACCAGUGCGUCCAAAGAUUUUCGGGUAGGAAGAAGUUAUGACUUUAAUUCCAGACUGGGAUUCCCCGAUUUCUUUGAUGUUCUUCACCAAGUUCUUGCCAGGCCUUUUUAUUACAUGAAAAGGCCAAACAAUUGGUUGUAUUGAAGCAUCGACAAUGGCCACCUGAAAGUAAAGUAAGUUGGGUAUUUUUGAACAUGCAUGCAGCUCAUUCCCAAAAGUUAAUAUCUGUAGGAUUGAGUUGUGAAGCGUUAUUUCUUGAACUUUCUGGAUUUUUCAGUUUAGAAACAACUAGCCAUUGAAAUCAUAGGUGGAAGAGCAUCUCGAUGCUGCAAGAUAUAGAACUUCUGCUGUUAUAGAUAAACAAACAUAAAAAUAAUUAAAAAUACAUGUUCGCUUGAUCAGUGUAAUUUGAAUUGGCGGCCCAGUAUGCCAAGAAAGGGUUACCACGUGAUGAUGGCGGUCUUGCAUAAGAGACUCUUAUAUUUCCUUCAGUAUAUAACAUCCGUUUAACACGAGGGGAAUGAUCAUGAGCUCACAUAUGAAAGGACGAUAAACUCGCACAGAUUUCUAAAAAUCACCGCAAGAUGCGAUUUAACCAUCGACUUGUUUCGAUUAGCUACCACUUGUUAUACCAUACCAGUUCAUACGCUUGCUCGGUGGGAUUCGAACCCACACAGUAAGGGGAAGUCUUUAGUACAGCCAACGCUCUAGUCACUUGAGUUACGAGGCCCCGCCGGACGACGCGAGUUUAAUCACAUUUGGGUCAAUCCGUUUUACUUGGCUGCAUGCAAAUUUUAUAUCCUAGAAAGUGGAGAAAGGGGCAAGGCAUAUUGGGAUGGCUAAGGCCACCAAAAUCAAGUCCUUGCGCAGACAGGCAUCUAUCGUCUUGUAAGGGCUCUUUGGAAGCGUCUUGGCCAGAGCUUUGUAGACUCGUCUAGGGUGUCAGCGGUUCGUCCUACUACCGCAUUCUCUGCUAUGGUGCACCACUUUUCUGUUCGUAACAUGCGCAAUUCGCUUUUCAAACACUAGUAUAUGCCUCUGAAUACUGACCGUCAUUCAGCCAUGUCAGUUUUCGAGUUGAGCGGUAUCUGGACCAAAACAGUGACUUCAAAAUUUAAUUUUAUGGCCAGUGACAUGAGCCCUGACUACAGCGCAGGUAAGGACUUAAACUCCGUCAAUUUAUUAAAAAUGCUGAAAUUUCGAAAGCCCCUUAAACGUUUCCGUCUGCUUAUAGAAUCCAAAGUCUGGUUCAUACCUCUUAAGAUAACCUAUUACAAGGCUGUCGCUUCUGUUGGGGUUUAGGAUUCUCUUACCUGCGAACUCAGUCCUAUAGCUACUGUGUUCAGUUUUUAGCAUUUGAACGAAUAAUCUCUUUUGUAUUGGCUUCAGUUCAACUCCCAAAGUCCUCUUCACUCGGUGGUCGGCGAAAUUCAACCCAAGCAGCUUUCGUGCUGUCAGAGCCAAAGUCCACAUCGGCCGCCUAUUUUCUAA